AUGACGAUGUUCGUGCUCGCCACGCCGCUGCUCGCCCAGGAUGGCCGCCAGCAGUGUGACGCCAACAUUUUCCUGAACGUCACAUUGUUUGGGGGCGAAAUCCUCAACACAACGACGCAGUAUCACUCCAACCUCACCUUUGGGCCUGAAUACUUCCUGGCGCAAAUAAACUCGUACCCUGUCAAUAUCACCGGCCUCGACGUGUGUGAAGUCGCCGUAACGUAUACGCACCCGGGGCAGAAUGACACCAUCAACACCAUGAUAUGGCUGCCACGACCGGACCGCUGGAACGGCCGCUUCAUGGGCAUCGGUGGCGGCGGCUGGGGAACUGGUCAAGGCAUCGCCACGCUUCAUCGGCCAGCGGCCGAAGGUUACGCCGCCGUGCUCACUGACGGCGGACAUUCGAUGGUCGAACCCGAUAGUAGUCCGCGCUCUUGGGGCCUGACGAGUCCCGGGAACGUCAACUGGGCACUUCUGCAGGACUUUGCGUCAAUUGCACUCGACGACGCUGCGACGCUGGGCAAGGGCAUUGUAAAGGCAUUCUACGGUCGUCCACAGAAUUACUCCUACUGGAACGGUUGCUCGACAGGCGGGCGUCAGGGUCAUAUGAUGGCCCAGCGCUAUCCACACCAAUAUAAUGGGAUUCUGGCAUCUGCGCCCGCGUUUAACUGGAACGAGUUUCUUCUCGCCGAGUAUUGGCCGCAAUUGAUCUUGAACGAGAUAGGUGAGUAUCCCAGCCCCUGCGAGCUUGAAGCUGUUCGACUCGCCGCAAUCGAGGCAUGUGAUUCCCUGGAUGGUGUUGCAGACGGUAUCAUCUCGUAUCCUGGCUUGUGUGAUUUCGACCCCAGUGGAGCAGUCGGGAGGGUAUUUAAUUGUACGACAACAUACGAGAACGUCACCAUCACCUCGGCUGCUGCCACUGUCGCCAACGCCACGUGGGCAGGCCCGGUCGACCCGAGCGGCAACUCGCUCUGGUACGGCCUCAACCCUGGCGCAACCUUCGACGCCCUCGUCAACAUCAGCUGCACCAAUGACACGUGCGUCGGGAAUCCGUUCAGCAUCCCGGCAGACUGGAUCAGCAUCUUCCUCGCGCGAGACUCGCAGUUCGAUCUGACCACAAUCAACCGAACAUCCUUCAGCAGGCUGUUCCGGAAGUCCGCAAACAUCUAUGAUUCGAUUAUCGGCACAGCUGACCCCGACUUGACCGAAUUUCGCGAUGCCGGCGGCAAAUUGAUCACCUGGCACGGCCUCGCGGACCAGCUGAUCUUCCCGAACGGCACGGCGAACUACGUGCAGCGCGUCCAAGCGCUCGAUUCACACGCAACUGACUACUAUCGCUUCUUUGAAGCCCCAGGCGUAUUUCACUGCGGUGCUGGGCCCGGCUGGUUUCCCGGAGACGCAUUCCAAAGCCUGGUAGAUUGGGUGGAGAACGGUGUCGCCCCGGAAACGUUAGAAGCGAAGGCGAUCCCUGGGUUGCUGCCCGGGCUGUCAGGAGGUGCGACCAAGCUGAGAACGGCGAACCUGUGUCUCUAUCCAAAGACCAUGGUGUAUGUGGGAGGGGAUCCGAACCAGGCAGGCUCCUUUAGCUGCCAGUGA